AUGUAUUGUGUGAUAUUUUCGGCUCUUGUGACUCGACCGCACAGUGCCCGUGAUAUAUUUGAGGCAAUUAAAUCCAUCGUCUACUUGGCCGAAUUGACUUUUUACCAUAUGUUCGGUGAAUUUCAAUUUAGCGAAUUUGUUGGUCGUUUUGAAACGAAUUUAUGCACCACACCCUACAUUUCUGGCUGCACCUAUCCAACCUACAUUGUGACAGUACCUGUUCUUACGGGAAUUUUCACAAUAUUAACCAACGUUAUGCUCAUCAAUAUGCUGAUCGCUAUUUUCACGAAAACUUACGACGAAAUGGAGAAGAUAACGCAACAACUGUGGACCAUGCAACGAUAUCGAAUAAUACAGUACAUUCUUACCGAAUCUGUACAACCUGGGCCCUUCCUUAUCUUCUCGUUCGCCUAUCAAAUUAUUAUGUACAUAAAGAAUCCUGAAGCUCAUAGGAAUUCACAAAAACAACGAGCCUUCCGUAAAUCCUUCGAGGAUGACCCAGGUCGUGAGCGACAGUUAAUCAAUUGGGAGAAGUUGAGUGCACUGAUUGAAAUGGGAAUGCAAGAAGCUGAAGAGGUAUUCGAGGAUUCUUCAGAAAGAAAUUCACAUCAUUCCAAGAGACGCAACGAAACGUUAACUCGAACUUUAGCUCGUUCAGGUCGCACAUUGAUGACUCCAACUGUAGUUUUUGACAAUCUUGCCACACCGAACGAAACAGCAGAUGGUUUUGAGAAGCAAAUCAGUAGUAUUGAAUCAAAGCUGGAGAAGAUAACUAACAUUCUUUCUGAUAAGGGUGGAACUUUCUUGCCUCGAACACCACUGAGUCCCAGUCGAAAAGUUUCAUUGGCUCCUUCAAGGGUUGAAAGCAACGUUUCCUCAUUGGCCAUGAAAGACAGUGAGGAUGGUCCAAUUGUCUUGCAAUGGUUGAACCAUCAAAUAGCAAUCUUCACAUCACUGACGAGUGAGAUUACUCCCCAUUCUCUAGAUCCGCCAAUUCCGUGGGAAGUGCCCUAUCCAAAGUACAAUCCAAUUUCAUGGACCCCUCGAAAAUGCAUGGUUGUUCACUGGUUAAGUAGAAAUGAGUCUCUAAAUGCGGCUAAGCCACGCAAGACCUCCUUUGCCUCUUCAACUGGCAGCAAUGCCGGAGAAGAUCACAUGAAUCCAGAAGGUCGAGUUGGAACAAAGGGAAAGGGAUUGCUUCCAGAAGUAGGUGAAAAUGCGGCCUGCGUACUAGUUGUUACUCGUGGUGCAAGUGAUGAAGAGAUACUUGUUUUGAAAGGAGUUCAUCAUCACGCUCAAUUUCCCUGGUUCCUCUGUCUUCAUCCUCAGAGCUGCUCGCAAGCAACGUGUUAUCGUGGACUGAUUCGACUCUUUUGUCAGUCAACAAUAAAUGAUGAGGCAGUCCAUAAAGUCGUCAUUGAUGAUUUCGUUGCCUACUUUGUUAAAUAUGCGAAAAUAGGAGUGGUAUCGGAUCCGAUAAAUUGUGAUAACGCCUGGAUCAGUAUUACAGCGAUUCAUAUUCAAAUUCCAAUGGAAUACAAAUUGGUUGAGGAGAUAGAACAAAUGCUGUCGAUACGAGAGUGCGCGGUUUUGUGGGUUCCGAGAGAAGAGUUACCGAAACUUCGAAAAAGUCAUCUAGAGGCUAUGGAAGCCGUUAUUUAA